AUGGAUAAUGAAUUGAAAUGCUUUUCGGGCGGCAAUUGUGUGAUAACUGCCGACAAUCGGAAACACUGUAAGAGAUGUCGUUUGAAUAAGUGUUUGGCCGCAGGAAUGAAAACCCACAUGCUUUAUUCUCGAAAACUUAAAUGGGAUAUAAAGUACUUAAAUGACACACAAAUAGCAGAGGACUCGACAACGAGUGGCGAAGAUUUAUUGUCAUCCGAUAAUCAAUGUAUUGAUGAAAGUGUAGGCAAUGUUUGUGACGAUAAUAUUAGUACAAAUAUAUCGGGACAACAACUGGUGUCCAUCAAUAGACCGAUUACUGAUUACAGCACUGUUUUCAAUGAAUUAGAGGCCAAUCGAUUCACUGAAUUACUGAAUGCGACUAAAAAAUCUCAAAAUUUCAUCGAUAUUAUAGACCAGACAUUUGUUAAUGAGAUGACCGAAGGAUUACAUGCAUUAGCGAUGAAACACGAAAAUGGGUUCAAAGAUACCGUAAAGAUGUCGAAACGAUUGUCUAUUGUCUGCUAUCCUCCUAUUCAACCCAAAUCAACCGCAUCUAAUUCAUAGGAACAUGAUUAAAUAUCAACAGAAUAUAUACAUAUAUUUAUUUAAACGGUAUUUGCAAAUGAAAUAUCGGUCGGAUUUGUUAUCGUCGGCCAAAUAUAUGCGUUUAGAAAAUGGUUUAAAAUACUUGACUAAAUUACAUGAUAAACUAGUGGAGCACUGGAAUCAGGAUCAUUGGCCACAAAGCAAAACACCUCUCUUUACAGAGAUUUGUAAUCACUUUGAAUAAAUGUUAUUUACAAUUAUACUGUAUGUAUAAUUCGGAUGUAUUUAUUAUAUUUUGAAGUUUUUAUAAAUUAAAUAUUUAAAGAUUUUACAAAA